AUGAAAAAUUGGAGUGUUGAAAAAAAGUUUUUCCUCUUCGUUCUUUCUCUCAGCUUGCUUGGUUCAGGGCCUCUAUAUUUCCUUCCUCUAUUUCUAUCCCAAACUCCACAGACAAAUCUCGAGGCCUCUAAAUUAAAUCAUAAAUCUCAGGCAGUCACCCCAGCAAACUCCAAGCUCUUUAGAGAGUACAUUGGAGCUGAAGGCAAAGGUGUUCGGUUUUCAGAUGUCCCUAUUAAUUCCAAAGUACUCGAAGUUCACUUCAUUCUCUCCUUCGCCAUUGACUACACCUCAUCUUCUUCUCCUUCACCAACCAAUGGUCGGUUCAAAGCAUACUGGGAUGAAGACAAUCUUAGCCCAUCACAUGUUUCAGCAACAAAAGCCUUCCAUUCAAAUGUCAAAGUAUGUAUCAGUCUUGGAGGUGAUACCAUAAGAGUGUUCUUCAAGCCCAGAUCAAUCAACUCUUGGGUUAGCAAUGCUAUUAGUUCAAUAACAAAGAUAGCUCGAGAGUAUGAUUUGGAUGGAAUUGAUAUAGACUAUGAGCACUUCGAUGCGGAUACAAAUACGUUUGCUGAGUGCAUCGGUCGCCUUCUUUCCCACCUUAAGGAACAGAAAAUAGUGUCAUUUGCAUCAAUAGCACCGUAUGAUAAUGAUUCUGUGCAACCAUAUUACUUGGCCCUAUGGAGGAAGUAUGGACAUCUAAUAGACUAUGUUAAUUUUCAAUUUUAUGCCUAUGACAAGGGGACAACUAUUUCUCAAUUCUUGGAUCAUUUUGGGACUCAGAGCUUUAAUUAUAGGGGAGGAAAGGUUUUAGUGAGCUUUAAUACUGAUGGAAGUGGGGGUUUGUCUCCUAAAAAUGGGUUUUUUUAGGCUUGUAGUAAGCUUAGACAUGCGAAAAAACUUCAUGGCAUAUUUAUAUGGUCAGCAGAUGACUCCAAGAAGGCAGGAUUUCCUUAUGAGAAGCAGUCACAAACCUUCCUGGCCAGCACAAAGUGAUCAUCUGUGUUCUUCUCUCAUGUUGUUGUAUUACAAACUAGUGAUAUAAUAAAUAAAAAGGAUGAAAUUGGAAUA